AUGACAAAAAACUUGGCUCUUUCAUUGGAGCUCCCGUGGGUGGAGAAAUACAGACCAAAAAAACUCAGCGAUAUUGUGGGAAAUGAGGAAACCAUAGAAAGAUUGAAGCUCAUCGCCGAAGAUGGUAACAUGCCCCAUAUGAUCAUAUCUGGGUUGCCAGGUAUUGGUAAGACAACGUCCAUUCACUGUCUCGCUUACGAGCUUUUAGGGCCAGAGCAUUAUAGCCAGGCCACGCUUGAGCUUAAUGCCUCUGACGAUAGAGGUAUCGACGUGGUGAGAAAUAAGAUCAAGCAGUUUGCUCAGACGAAGAUCCUGUUGCCUCCAGGAAGACACAAGAUCAUCAUUUUGGACGAGGCAGACUCAAUGACUCCAGGAGCACAGCAGGCUUUGCGUCGUACGAUGGAGUUGUACUCGAACACUACAAGAUUCGCAUUCGCCUGUAACCAGUCGCUGAAGAUCAUCGAGCCUUUGCAGUCGAGAUGUGCUAUACUAAGAUAUACCAAACUUGCGGAUGACCAGGUUUUAUCACGUCUUUUGGAGAUUGCUAAGCUGGAGGAUGUAAAGUACAACUCGGAGGGCUUGAAGGCGCUUAUUUUCACAGCAGAAGGUGAUAUGCGUCAGGCGAUCAACAACUUGCAAAGUACCGUUGCAGGUUUCGGCUUUGUAGAUGACGUGAAUGUUUUCAGAAUUGUUGACCAGCCACACCCACUUGUGAUUAAGAAGAUUUUGAAUGCUUGCGUGGUGACUAAGUCGAUCGAUGAAGCACUUGAUCUUCUCGAUUCGCUCUGGAAGAAAGGUUACUCGGCUAUUGACAUUGUUACACUGAGCUUCAAGGUUGCCAAGACGCUACCUGGAAUCAACGAACUGAAAAGGUUGGAUAUCAUUAAGGAGAUAGGGUUUACCCAUAUGCGUGUUCUAGAAGGUGUCCUGUCCUACCUACAGUUGUGUGGGAUGUAUGCUAAACUAGCUGCAUUGCCUUGA